AUGGCCGGCGGCGGUUCGGGCUACGAUCCGCGGCUGCCGCAGUGGCUCGGCACGCUGCUGCCGGCCUGCGCGGCGCGCGGCACGAAAUUAAUUUGCAACCUGGGCGCGGCGGAUCCGGCGGGCGGCGCGCGCGUCGCCGCGGCCGUCGCGGGCCAGCUCAACCUCGAUCUCACGGUCGUCGGCGUCGGUGAGGCGCCAGCGGCGCAGGCGCGACCUAACGGUGCGGUCUACGCGUACCUCGGCGCGGACGCCGUCGCCCGCGCGCUGCGAGCGGGCGCGGACGUCGUCGUCGCCGGCCGCGUCGCGGACCCGUCGCUCUUCGUCGGCUGCGUCGCGCACGCGCUCGACUGGGACCUCGACGCGCCCGCGACGGUGGCCACCGCCGCGGCGACGUGCAUGGGCCACCUGCUCGAGUGCGGCCUGCACGCGACGGGCGGCUACUUUUUCCACCCGCGGGGCCGCCAGCCGGAGCGCGGCGGCGGCGCGGAGCUCGCGGCGCUGGGCCUGCCCUAUGCGGUGGCGACGGCGACCGGCCUCGCGGGCGGCGGCUUCGAGAUCCGGAAGGCGCGCGGGCGGCCCGGCGAGCUCAGCCGCCGCACGCUCGCGCAGCAGCUGCUCUACGAGGUGUCGGACCCCGCGGCGUACGUCACGCCCGACGUCGUUGCCGAUUUCUCCGGCGCGCAGCUAGAGGAGCGCGGCGAGUCGGCCGUCGCCGUGAGCGGCGUCGCCGCGGCCGGCCCGCGGCCAGAGAAGCUGCUCCGCCUCGUCGCGAAGGACGGCGGCCGGAGGCAGGUCGGCGAGAUCUCGUUCCUCGGCUCCGGCUGCCGGCAGCGCGCGGACUGGGCCGAGGAGGCCGUGCGCAUCUGGAUGGACCAGGAGUGCCCGGGAAGCUCGUCGCUCGUGCGCGCGUCGCGGCCGGGCUACGACGCGCUCCGGAAACGGCGCGACGACGACGUCGAGGACGACGGCGAGUGCCGGCUGCGAUUCGAGGGGCGCUUCCCCGACGAAGCGGGGGCGCUCGCCCUGGCGCAGGCCCUGGCCGGGCUCGGCGUCGGCGGGCCCGCGGGCAGCUGCGGCGGCUUCCUGGGAGGCUCGCCCUUCGGCAGCCCCGUCGUCGACAUCGGCAAGGAGCUCGUGGCGCGCGACGCCGUGACGACGCACCUGUGGACGCUCGGCCCGCGGCUCGCGCGCGCCGCGGGCGCCGCCGCCGCGAUGCUCAAAGGCCCCGACGCGCGCCUCGUGGGAUUCGCGGCGACGGCCGCCGCCGCGCUCGCCGCGACGGAGCCGGAGCCGGACGCGACGCCCGAGGGCGAGGCGCCCUUGCGCGCGGUCGUGCCCGAGGCGCCCGCGCCGCCGCCGCCGCUGCGGCCCGGCCAAGUCCUCCAGCUCUACGAUUGUUGCCACGCGCGCGCCGGCGACAAGGGCCAGCUCGUGAACGUGAGCCUCGUGGCCUACGCGCCCUGGGCGCCCCACUUCGACGCGAUCCUCGCGGCGCUGGAGCCGGCCCUCGCCGGCGUCUUCGAGGAGUUCCGCGACGCGGCCGCCUCCGACGCGCUCACCGUGCGCGUCUUCCGCAUGGCGAAUCUGGCCGCGGCGAACAUCACCGUGGAGCCCGUCCUCGACGGCGGCGUGUCCGUGAGCCGACGCCUCGACCCCCACGGGAAGAGCUUCUCCGACGUGCUCCUGUCUACGACCGUGACGAUGCCGUAA